GCGUCUGCUGGUAUCGUGUGGUUUAUGGGGUAUAAGUAGUAGGUGACCACGCCGUCCCUGUCGUGCGCUGCGAGAGCCUGGGAGUGGGGAGAGGCGCCAUCAUCAGUCUGCCCACAGCCACAGCACUACAUACCGGCAUCGCCCUCCGCCUCCGGGACCGCGACCCGGAGGAUUUGGUUCCACCCAUCCGAUCCCCUGUCUGAUUCUGAUUCUGAUCCCCCUCCCCCUGCUCGGGAGCAGAGCAUCAUCCGCCAGCCAUGGCCAAAGAUGGCGGCGGCGGUGGCUUCGCCAAGGUGCUGCUGCUCCACGUCGCCGCGCUGUCGACGGCCGGCGCCGUCGCGGCCGCCGCUGCCCUGGCGCGGCGCCGGCUCACGGGAGGAGACAGGAGGAAGAGGAAGCAGCAGCUGCAGGCGCCGGCAGCCAUGCCCGAAAUGCCCAAGCUACGGGUGGCGGAGUCCGGCCGCCUGGAGUACCUCGAGAAGUUCUCGCACUACGUGGCUAGGCAGCUGGGUUUCGAGGAGGUGAAGGAGUGCCCACAGCUGUGCAAGUUGGCAAACAACUACCUGAACAACAGCAAGACGUGCAUGGAGGACAUUUACGGGUUUUUCUCCAACGCCAAGGACGCCGAGUGCCUUUACGUCAAGCUCAUCGAGGAGCUGGACAGAUGCAUCCUCGGAUAUUUUGCCUUCCACUGGGACCAUGCUACCUAUCUCAUCAGCUCGGCGUUGACCGCGGACACCGGCACCAAAAAGAAUUGGAGGAACGUGAUCUUGGAAGCAACAAGGAAGCAGCGGUUCGAGCGCGUGACGCGUGACCUGAAGGUGACGCGGGUGUUCUCGACGCUGGUGGAAGAGAUGAAGGCGAUCGGCGUUGCGCCGUCGUCGUCGUCGUCGUCGUCGUCGUCGUCGUCGCAGUGCACGGAGGUGAUGGCCCCCGUGGCGCACUCGGAGCGCAGCCCGGUGCUGCUGCUGAUGGGCGGCGGGAUGGGCGCCGGGAAGAGCACGGUGCUCAAGGAGAUCAAGCAGGAGGCGUUGUGGGCCAACGCGGAGGGCAGCAACGCCGCCGUGGUGGUGGAGGCCGACGCGUUCAAGGAGACGGACGUCAUCUACCGCGCCAUCAGCUCCAUGCUGGGACACCACAACGACAUGCUCCAGACGGCAGAGCUGGUGCACCAGUCGUCGACGGACGCGGCGUCGUCGCUGCUGGUGACGGCGCUGAACGAGGGGCGGGACGUCAUCCUGGACGGCACGCUGUCGUGGGAGCCCUACGUGGAGCAGACCAUCGCCAUGGCGCGCGCCGUGCACCGCCAGCGCUACCGCAUGGGCGUCGGCUACAAGGUGGCCGACGACGGCACCGCCACCGAGACCUACUGGGAGCCCGACGACGCCACCGACCAACCGCCGUCGCCCGGCGGCGGGGCCACCACCACCACCACCAGGAGGCCGUACCGUAUCGAGGUCGUCGGGGUGGUCUGCGACGCGUACCUCGCCGUGGCGCGGGGCAUCCGGCGGGCCAUCAUCACGCGGCGCGCCGUCAGGGUGCGGUCCCAGCUGCAGUCGCACAAGCGCUUCGCCGCCGCGUUCCAGCGGUACAGCCGCCUCGUCGACGGCGCCAGGCUCUACAGCACCAACUCCAUGGGCUCCGCCAGGCUCAUCGCCUGGAAGGACGGCGUCGGCAGCAGCCUGCUGGUGGAGCCCCGGGAGUUCGACUGCCUCGACAAGGUGAGCAGGCUCAACGAGGACGCCACCUCCGUCCACGACCUCUACCCCGACGGCACCACCACCUGCGGCGAGCGCUCCGUCUGGGAGGACAUGGUCGCCGCGCCGGCGCGCGCCGACACGCAGCGCGAGCUCAAGGAGGCCAUCCGCUCCGUCGAGGCCGGCGGCGGCGAGCCUGACACGCCACCGGCGACGACGACGCACCAGCGCGAGCUCCUGGGGGUUAUCCGCUCCGUGGAGGAGGCCGCCAACGGCGAGCCAGCUGCACCGGCAGCAGAGACACCAACAGCUGCCUCGUAGCACUACGCAACAUCGAGCUAGCCACCAACGGCGAUCGACGAUAUUAAUAAUUGUCAAAUGUUUGGGGCUGCAACGAAUAAUAUGGAUUUGUGGUUUCUGAUGAGUGUUUAAACUUGCUUCAUUAAUUUGAUCACACAAAAGCAUUCAGCUAGAUAAUCGGGGUUUUUUUUUCUUAACUCUGGUUUCUGGUGUGGCCCAGCCGCCCAGGCACCCAGCAGCAUAUAUGUAUAUCAAAUUAUGCUAUACGGAAACGGAAGAAUGUUGGAGCACUUCAGUUCAAAUGGAGCGUUGCGACAUUUGAGAAUAA